UCCGACGCCCUGUCUGUGUUUUUUUUUUAAGCCGCAGUCAGUGCGCUGUUAGCCGCAGAACAGCCGAGGACAGAUCGCUACCGGCCGGAGCGAGUCUCCGCGCUCAUGCCUUAAAGGGAAGAGUGAGAAAACCUAUUGAUGGAGAGAAACCACCCUCACGCACUUCUCUCAAAAUGAUUGAAACUAUGGAUACACAGCGUGCCUUGCAGGCGGUGGAGCGUCUCCAGGCCAAGCUGAAAGAAAAGGGGGAGGUGCCCACCGAGGAGAAGCUCAGCCUGCUCAAAUCCGUGCUCCAGAGCCCCCUCUUCCACCAGAUCCUGGCCUUACAAAAGUCUGUGCAGCAGCUCAAAGCCCAGGGGAAAAUCUCAUCAUCACGUGGCGGUGACGUUGGAGAUCAUGUCACAGCAGUCAAGCCCAAUGGCAGCCAUCAGUCCUCCUCUGAUGUCUCCGCUGUUACCCAUAUUAAUGGCAAACCACCAGCUGAAGACUUUGAACAGAUUGUUCACUCCAUGGCACAGGGGCGCUACAUGACAUAUGUGGAGCUGCAGAAACCAGCAUCAGGAGGCCUGGGCUUCAGUGUGGUGGGCCUGAAGAGUGAGAACCAUGGAGAGCUUGGCAUCUUUAUUCAGGAAAUUCAACCAGGAAGUGUGGCUCACUGUGAUGGGAAACUCAGAGAAGCUGACCAGAUCUUGGCCAUCAACGGAAAGCCGCUGGACCAGACAGUGAGCCACCAGCAGGCCAUUGGCAUUCUGCAGAAUGCUUCAGAGAGGGUUCAGCUCACAGUGGCUCGGGGCCCGAUACCUCAACUGUGGCAACAGGUGGAGACCAUUGAGCUGGUCAACGAUGGUACUGGCCUUGGCUUUGGUAUCAUAGGAGGAAAAACCACAGGCGUUAUAGUCAAAACCAUCCUCCCUGGAGGCAUAGCUGAUCAGGAUGGCCGUCUACGCAGUGGGGAUCACAUCCUGAGGAUUGCUGACACAGAUCUGUACGGCAUGGGCAGCGAGCAGGUGGCCCAGGUCCUCCGGCAGUGUGGCAACAGGGUGAAGCUGGUCGUCACCAGAGGCUCCGUGGACGAGAAUCCUUCUCUUGCUACAGUGAUGCCCACGGCGCUCCCCACUGUCAAUGAACAAGAGGGUUAUAAGGAAGAGGAGGCCGACAUGUUUGAUGUAAGCCUCACAAAGAACCUCCAGGGUUUGGGCAUCACGAUAGCUGGCUACGUGGGAGAUAAAAACUUGGAACCCUCAGGUAUUUUUGUGAAGAGCAUAACAAAAGACAGCGCCGUCGAUCACGAUGGCCGUAUUCAUGUGGGAGACCAGAUAAUAGCUGUUGAUGGCGUAAACAUUCAGGGAUACACCAAUCAGCAGGCAGUUGAAGUCCUCCGACACACGGGACAGACAGUCCAUCUUAAGCUGAUCCGGCGGGACUUCCGGCCUGAUGAUAUCCCCCCUGCCACGGCCCCUCAUGUCUCCGUCCCGUCUCCUGCCCCCGCCAUUCCAACUGCCACCGCUGAUAUGAGGGAACUCGAGCUGGAGAGAAAAAAGACAGAAGAUGUUGCUCAAGUCGCCACGGAGGAGAAGCAGCUCCACACAAAGACUGAUGGAUCUGAUGUCAACCCGGCCAUGGAUCAGCUAACAGAAGACAAACAUGAAAUGAAGCUCACACACUUUGAAGAGGCAGAAGUAAUGAGCAAGUGGCAUGAGAUUCUGGGUCCAAGUAAUGAGGUUAUUGUGGCUGAGGUGGAGAAGUUUAGUGAGAACAGUGGACUGGGGAUCAGUCUGGAAGCCAACAGUGGACAUCAUUACAUCCGCUCUGUGCUGCCUGAAGGACCUGUUGGUCGCUGUGGAAAGCUGUUCAGUGGAGAUGAACUGCUGGAGGUCAAUGGUAUCUCGCUGAUUGGUGAGACCCACAAAGAAGUCGUCAGGAUCCUGAAGGAGCUGCCCCUCUGUGUAUAUAUGACAUGCUGUAGGCCCGCCCCUCACCUACAAACUGACAUGGACGCUGCCCAGCCGGAAUCGGAAACCACAAUGCCUCAAUUAAAGAAAUGCAUGAACCUUGGCAAAGUGUUGGUUGAGGAAGAUUCAGAGGUGAGCACACAGGAUCACGCGCCAGAGGAGGCGAUAGGAUCUUUGGCCAUGUGGGAGUCGGAGAUCCAGAAUAUAGAGCUCGAGAAGGGAGAAGGAGGACUGGGAUUCAGCAUUUUGGACUACCAGGACCCGCUGGACCCGACUAAGACCGUGAUCGUGAUCCGCUCUCUGGUUCCCAACGGUGUUGCGGAGCAGGAUGGCAGACUGUUGCCAGGCGACAGACUCAUGUAUGUCAACACCACCAACCUGGAAAACGCGAGUUUGGAAGAUGCUGUCCAAGCCCUGAAGGGGGCAACACUGGGAAAAGUCCAGAUAGGCGUGGCCAAACCACUACCUGGAAUAUGUGGAUAUUCCCUCUCUCCACACCCAUAUGGUGAGCAGGAAAUUACAGCGUCAUCCAUCAUCCGUUCGUAUAACUUCACCAAUAUUUUCAUUGAAGAAGGAGAGGAAGGAGGACAGACUGACGGCGCCAUUUACCGAGCAGAGCCGGCAUGGAUUGAGUCCGGCGAAGCAGACCUGUCUGAUGAGAAGGUGUUUGAGCACAGUUACUCGGGGAUAGAUGACGACACCUUCCAGGCAUCCAUGAUCGCUCUUCACGGCAGCACAGAUGUGGACUAUCUACACGCAUCCACGCCGAAGCUGACAGCUCGCCUGGACCUGUUGGAUGAGCAUCCCCGUUUUGCAGACAACACAGAGCCAUUUUCUCUGGAGAAGUCGACCGCUUUCACUCCUGCGGGUUUCAGAGGCCACAUCCAAGGAACCAGAUCUAAUGUGCACGAGGAACCCGUAGCUUCUCCUCAGUUCCGGGAGGAGCCAAUCAUCUCUUUUGGAGAUACUGGAGAAAUGGAGUUUCUGAUGAAGGAUGAGGAGGCCGGUGUGAAAGAAUCAGCAGAAGACGGCGAUGAGGAAAUUGUGACUUCGGGGAGCAAUUUUGAAAGGACGAUCACAGUUGUCAAGGGCAACUCCAGUCUCGGGAUGACAGUGACCUCCGUGAAGGAUGGUUUGGGGAUGCUGAUCCGGAGCAUAAUCCACGGUGGUUCCAUCAGCCGUGAUGGACGUCUGGGGGUUGGCGACCUUAUUUUGGCUAUUAACAGAGAGCCCGCUGCAAACCUGUCUAACACCAAGGCACGAGCUAUGCUCCGACGGCACUGUCUGAUUGGACCAGACCUGGGAUCUGCUUGUGCACCUGAGGACGAUCUGUGCCUGUUUUAUGUCAUCACGUAUGUCCCAGCAGAGUAUCUGGAUGAGUACAAGGCCGUUGUGGAGCAGAAUCGGGCUGACGUAUACGGCGAAGCGAUUGCGGCUGUCAAAGACACUUCAAACCUCCCUGAACGAGAAGAUGGAGAAGGAGAGGAGAGCGCCUACAGCAACUGGCAACAACCACGAAAAGUGGAGCUCUUCAGGGAGCCGGGGAAGUCUCUGGGUAUCAGUAUCGUCGGGGGCCGAGGGAUGGGCAGCCGGCUGAGCAACGGCGAGGUGAUGAGGGGCAUUUUUAUCAAACACAUUCUUGACGACAGUCCCGCCGGACACAACGGCACCCUGAAGACUGGAGACCGCAUUGUAGAGGUGGACGGCACAGACCUGAGGGACGCCAGUCACGAGGAGGCAGUGGAGGCCAUACGCAGGGCAGGAAACCCCGUCUCCUUCGUGGUCCAAAGUAUCGUCUACAGGCCAAGGAAGCCACCCGUUCCCUUUCUGCAGCUAACCAGCCGCCGUGGGUGGAGCCUUUGCCGCACUAAUCAAACCUCCUUAGCACGCACCCUCCCUCAGCAGUCAUUGAUAGCGGAGCCCGGUGAGGACAGAGCUGCAGCGCGAAGCAGGGACGAGCAGGAGAAGGGGGGUGACAGUCACAGUAGACUUUUCUUCCGACUCUCCCCAACUAACCCUUUCACUCCUACCCCGUUUAAGCCGGCGAAGUGGGAGGCAGUGAAGGUGGCCCCCGUCAGCCCCGCCCUCCUCCUGCCAGUGGUGCCCCACGUGGGAGAGACGGAUACAGAUACGCUGACGGAGACUCCUGGCAGACCAGCUGGGGCGGAGGAGGGGAACGAGGAGGUGCAGGAUGAGUCUGGCGACAGCUGGGAGGACAUAAUCCAGCGCUACGGAAACCUCCCUGGCGACCUGCACAUGAUCGAGCUGGAGAAAGGCCAGAUGGGCCUGGGCCUCAGCCUGGCCGGGAACAGGGAUCGUUCUCGCAUGAGCGUCUUCGUGGUGGGAAUCGACCCCAGCGGGGCGGCUGGAAGGGACAGACGCAUGGUGUUGGGGGACGAGCUGCUGGAGAUCAAUGGGCACGUCCUCUACGGACACAGUCAUCAAAACGCCUCAGCCAUCAUUAAGAGCACACCGUCAAAAGUCAAGAUCGUCUUUGUCAGGAGCACGGAGGCGCUGGACCACAUGGCUGUGGGACCAGUGAGGGAGGAGGAGGAGGACAGGGAGGAGCUCCACACUGAGGAGGACAGCGGCGGCCCUGUCGCCACCUUUGUCGAAGAGGAGAGCGGAGCUGAUCUUCAGAGUCGAUGUGACAUGAAAGUACACACAGAUAAAGACGACUGCAUGAGCUCGGAGGAUGAUGCGUUAGCCGUGCACGAUCAUUCAGUGCUGGGCCGCGCUGUGGAAGAGGAUGAACUCAGCUGUGAUGUCAUCCUCGCUGGCGCCACGGCAGGAGCCCUAGAACAACCAGAUGCAGAAGCAGCACUGAGUCCGAGCCGCUCCUCCACACCUGCCACUCUGGCCUCUGACCCGGCGACUUGUCCCAUCAUCCCCGGCUGCGAAACCACAAUCGACAUCUCCAAAGGCCGGACGGGACUCGGCCUCAGCAUCGUGGGAGGCUGUGACACACUGCUGGGGGCCAUCGUUAUCCAUGAAGUUUACGAGGAAGGGGCAGCCUCCAAAGAUGGCAGACUCUGGGCAGGAGACCAAAUCCUCGAGGUGAACGGUAUCGACCUACGCGACGCCAGUCACGACGAGGCUAUCAACGUGCUCCGGCAGACUCCACAGAAAGUUCAGCUGACUGUAUACAGGGACGAAGCGCAGUACAAAGAGGAAGAUUUGUGGGACUCUUUCACCGUGGAGCUCCACAAGAAGCCCGGUCAGGGUCUAGGGCUGAGCAUCGUCGGCAGGAGGAAUGACACCGGAGUGUUUGUGUCCGACGUCGUGAAAGGAGGCUUGGUGGACGCCAACGGGCAGCUGAUGCAGGGCGACCAGAUCCUGUCGGUGAACGGCGAGGACGUCAGGUCGGCCACUCAGGAGGCGGUGGCUGCCCUCCUGAAGUGCUGCAUCGGGCCGAUAAGGAUGGAAGUCGGAAGAUUUAAAGCUGGACCCUUUCACUCCGAAAGAAGGCUGUCUCAAAGUAGUCAGAUGAGUGAAAUGGGUGGCUCAAAGACAACCGCUCCCACAUCUUCAGACACGGGAAACCUUCCUGAUCAGCCUGAUCAGCUCCAGAAGGAAACUCCAGACUAUCAGGACACCAGAACAGUUGAGUUCACAAAAGGUCCCAGUAAUUCUCUGGGUAUCAGUAUCGCAGGUGGACUGGGCAGCCCUCUGGGCGACAUCCCCGUCUUCAUCGCCAUGAUGAACCCCGCCGGCCUGGCCGCGCAGACCCAGAAGCUAAAGGUCGGGGAUCGGAUCGUCAGUAUCUGCGGAACCUCUGCUGAAGGAAUGAGCCAUUCUCAGGCUGUCACUCUGCUCAAGAACGCCACAGGAACUGUGCAGCUGCAGGUGGUCGCAGGAGGAGACGCCUCUGUGACGGAUUUAUGUCAGGAGCAGCCAGCUGCAGCUCUCACUCCCAGCUGCAUCUUCCAAGAUGACCUCAGCCCUCCUCAGUACAAGACCAUCACUCUUGAAAGAGGACCAGACGGACUUGGUUUUAGUAUUGUUGGAGGGUACGGCAGCCCGCAUGGAGACUUGCCCAUCUAUGUUAAAACUGUUUUUGGAAAGGGUGCAGCGGCAGAAGACGGGCGCCUGAAGCGAGGAGACCAGAUCAUGGCUGUAAACGGACAGACGCUGGAGGGCGUCACACACGAAGAGGCUGUAGGCAUCCUGAAAAGGACCAAAGGAACAGUCACGCUCACUGUGCUCUCAUAGAUACAAACACAUCACGUCAUGCACCAGCACGACUAAUAGAACUUGUUAAUCAUGUUCAAGUCACCAGCAAAGACCAACCUCCCGCGCUCAUAAAUGAAGCCAAUACGGAAGUGACAAAAACUGCAGUUCCUUAAAUGACCAUUUGAGGCUGGCUUCAAAAGCAAGUCACUUCCCCUAGACCCUCAUGUUAAAAACCCAAAAGUAAGAGCAGAAAUAAACAUGUUUACAAUCUGGUGCAAAAAAAAAAAAAAAAAGGUUUUGGUUUCUAUAGCUCGUUUCUACCUUCAUUACAAUUGUAUAUUUUUUAAGUUUAUUUUUUUUUAAACAAGUUAUCAGUUUUAAGAUCUUUUAAGAUAUAAAACAUUGAGAAUAAUUCAGGGCGUGGUCACUUUGAGUGGCAAAGCAUGUGUGCUGGUGAGCCAUGUUAAGGGCCCCACCAGCAGAGGUUGCUAGCUGUUGUGGACUGAUCGUGUUUGUUCUAAGAUUUUUAUUAGAAAUUUCUGAGAUAAUAUGGCUUACUGUGCAGUUAAUCAUACUAAUCUUAGGAAGUCUAUGCUCCAGUAUUUCAGUCAAGAGAAAUUUUAGUAUUACUGAAUUAGUACACUAGCUCAUUAGCAGGUACUGCUAGCUUGGUGACAUUAGGUCCACUUAUGAUGCACCUGUUACUAAGCAAAUAUGGUGGCCAUACUAUGUUAAACCCGCCCAAGAAACCAGUUAUGAAAACCAUCACUAGUGUUAAAUCCCUGAACGGGUUUGUCCACUAUACAUACGCAGUCUAUGGUCACCAGGCACUCACCUGGGAAUAUAUAGAUAUGAAGAAGCUUGUUGCUUGUUGUAGUUUUUGACACUGAUUAAUGGAGGCCUGCUGCUAAUCAGUAUACGCCAUACGACAAAACUGUUUGCAGCGUUACUCAAAAUAUGGGCAUAAAUAGUUCCUCCUUUAUGUUGUUUUCACUUUUCUUUCAACAGACUACUCCAGAAGCGCAGAUGACGCUACGUUAAAUUCCAUAUGCGGCCAUAAAGGUCCAUUUUAGCAUUAGCUCGAUCACAUACUUGCAAAUCCCAACAGUAAGGAUUGGUUGAUUAAAAAAAGAAAAAAAAAAAACUGAAAACACUGAAACAUACUUUGUAUUACAACUGAAAUACUGACCAAAAAGCGUGGAUCGGGGCAACCAUAGCCCAGAAAGUCAUGCCAGCAUCUGUCAGGACUCGCCGGUUAAUGUGCUAACACGGCGAUUGAUACGACAGCUUCUAUAUAAUCUGCGAAUGUAGAUUUUCUAGCAGAAUAUUUAAUUAUACUUCUGUCAGUCACUCCCUGAAAUAGUUCACUUCUGUUUAGAAUUAAGUUCAACUUAAGUGUUUUUGAUGAAGCGCCUCCACACACCGCAGACUGUCAGGUCUGCGAUAUGUGAUCAAAAAGUGUUGUAAUAAUGUGAACAUUCACGUUCUCCAUCUCUGGAAUGAGAUAUUCACCGGACACAGUGAUACAGUAUUAUGGAGUUUUCUGUAGCUGCAUUAAUGAUUGUAAAAAAAAUAAUAACUGAGGAUUCUUUUAUCAAAUAUAACAUCCUUAAGCAAUAUAAAAGUUUGUCAAGAUGUGUCUAUUUUGUAAAGGUUUUUGCGGGGGAAGGGGAAAGAGGGUGGAAGGGUGCAAUCUAAUUUUGUAAAUACACAAUUUGUUCAUUGUUCAUGAAAGGAAAGUGUGAAUUCUUUGACGUGCGCUGCUAAAGCCAUUGUUGAAUGUAUUAUGUCACAGUAUCUGGAUUUAUUAAAGUAUUAGUUAGUGUGCACUUCAUCACAAAACAUACAGAAGUAUAUAUGACUCUAUGUUAAAUGGUUUAUCUUAUGCACCUGCGCUCAUUUUGAUGCGAUUGUUCUCCCAAAAUGAUCUCUCCCAGCAUAGAGUUUCUGAAGUCAUUAUGCAUUUGUCCUAUGCUCUAGUUUUUCCAGAAAAAUUCAGUUCUAUCUAAACUCUGAAGUGGUUCCAGUACUGUUGAAGUGACAUUAUUUAAUAUGUUCAUGUCCUGAAAUAAAAGUGACCUUUGGAUUUUA